AUGGCCACCUCAGGACUUGGAGUUCCCGUCAAGCUUUUGCAUGAAUCUUUGGGACAUAUUAUCACUGUUGAGUUGAAGACGGGGCAGCUUUAUCGUGGAAAGUUGGCUGAAGCCGAAGACAACCUCAACAUCUCGCUAAAAGACAUAACUGUCACUGGACGUGAUGGGCGAGUUUCUCAGUUGGAUCAAGUGUACAUUCGGGGGAGUAUGAUUCGGUUCUUUAUCGUGCCUGAUAUGCUGCAGAAUGCGCCUAUGUUCAAGCGAGUUGGACCCAAUGCUAUGAGGGGAAGGGGUAUUGGUACGGCGCGUGGUCGCGCGACCAUUAUGCGAGCACGGAGAGGAAGGGGUGUUGCACCGGCUCCUCGAGGAAUCCGACGAUGA